AUGUCGUUCGAUAGACUGUCGUCACUUGAGUCGCAACCGACCACCACCCGAAGACAGGAUGAUCCGCAAUACAGGGAUGAUCCAGAGUUUCAAAGGUUCACCGAGUCGCUCUCGACCCGACUCUUCGAAUUGACCUCGAACAUUUCGCGGCUUUCCAAUCAACUCUCCAAAAAGGACACCGAGAGAGGCCGAGAGAGGAUACAUGAUCUGCUGGAGGAGACCAGAGAGGGAUUCAAAGAGGUGGGAGAUGGCGUCAAGAGGGCGCAAACAUGGACAGAUCUAAAUCCUGCCCAACGGUACACGAAUCAGAAACUCUCACGAGAGUUUGCGUCCGCCCUUUCCGAAUUCCAGGUGGUCCAAAGAAGAGCAAUAGAGAGAGAACGGGCAUCGAAAGCUGCGCUUGAAGAAGCCCAUUCAGGCCAGUCGCCGUCGGGAGAGGGUGGUCAACAACACCAGCUGCUCGAGGAACCUCGGCUUGCAGAACAAAGCGAGGUCGACUUUCAGGAGAAUUUGAUCAUUGAACGAGAAGGAGAGAUCCGACAGAUCGAACAAUCAGUAGGCGAAUUAAACGAACUGUUCCGGGAUGUCGCCCAUCUUGUUCGAGACCAAGGCGACAUGAUCGAUGCCAUUGAUAUCAACGUCGAGAAUACGCUGACCGACACUCGGGGAGCCGACACGGAACUCCGAAGCGCAAGCCGGUACCAGAAAUCGGCCAGAAACAAGGCGUGCUGCCUGUUAGUCAUUUUGGCAGUGGUUUUGUUGAUUGUGGUUCUAGCGGUUGUUCUCGGAUGA